GCGGGACUUUGCUCGGUGCUGGGCGCAGCGGCGGCGUUCUGCGACAGUGAAAACGAACCCCAGCUUUGAGGACGGCCUCGACGAGGCUAUCACUGCUGUGUUGAGCGUGUGUGACACCGGCUUCGUUCAGUACUAUGGGGAUUGGAAAGAGAGCUUUGGUGGGUCAGUUUCUUCCAGCGUGCGAAGGCAGCGGGACCUUUUUCCAUUGCCAGCUUUGCAAUCAUGGCCUCUGGACGACACCGAAUGUCCUACUGAGACAGCCCUUGCAAUGGCCAACCUGUGCUUAGCAAGCCUCAACGUGCUGGCUUCGGACAUGGAUCCCGGUAAGGCCGGUCAUGGUCGGAGCACCCCGACUGUGGCGCAGCAGGGUGUUCACGAACAUGUUUGCAACCGCUGCCAGCUUUUUCUUCGCCGGCUUCGUGAUAGUGGCGACGAGAGCUUUGCUUGGCGAGGCAGCUUCCGCUUCUUCGAGGAGAAACCGCAUGCAAAGUAUCCAGCCAUGAAAGCCGAGGCCGUUGACUUGCCCUCCGCUGCUGCUACGUGUGACGCUGUCAAGUUGCUGCCCGCAGACCUGGCUGACAUGAUCAUGGACCCGAAGCAGUUAUUCCCUGCCGGCUCUCAGACUGAAAGCUGGCCCAUGGGUGCUAUGGGGAGAGACCGUGAUGAGUACAUCAAGCUUGUUUUUCGGCAGCUACAGUGUGGAAAAACAGCUCUACGACAGCGUUGCCUUGCUGUCGGAGACGUUUUCUGCGUCCCUAAGUCAAGCCCCGGCAAACAAAGGGAGGUGUGGAAUGGCGCGCUGGUGUCGCAAGCUGCUGCGCGGCCCCCGCAUCCAUUCAAGCUUGCCAACCCCGGCUGUUUCGUCGACCUUUGCUUCGCAGAGUGGGAAGAAAUCUACAUGUCCAAGCGUGAUGUGCAUACAUGCUUUGAUGUGUUGAAAGCUCCAGAGCACCUGCAACCAUGGUUUGGCAGGUAUGUGGCCGACGAUGUCAAAGGUUUGACCCCGCUCCUUCCUUUGUAUCCGACGAGUGUCCAAGAACAAGACUUCAUCUCGAUGGACUCACCUCCUCCAAGCGGCCCAGAAAUCUGUGGGGUGGCGACCGAUGACACCUUCUUCUUUCACAAGGACAAGCUGGUGGGCGAGAGAAGGCUUCAUCAACUCGAUGCUGCUUUUGAUCUAUCUGGUAUGCCCAAGAAUGCUACGAAAGAUGUUACGCUUCAACAGUCAAUGACGGCGCUAGGCUGCGAACUAACUUCGAAACCACCUGCUGCCGAGCCUUCCGCGCCAAAGUUGGUUACUUUGUUCAUGGCGCUGCUGGACGUGUUCUGCGUUGGAGAGGCGUCACCUGCAGGUUUGAACCGCCUGCUUGGCCUGGAGCAAUGGUUUUGUUUGCUGUCGAGACCCAUGUACAGCAUCUUCGACUCCAUUUAUGAGUUCGUGCGCAAAGAGCCACAAGACAGAGUUCAACCUCUGCCUAGCAAGCUUCGCGUCGAGCUGGUUGUGGCUGCUUUCCUGGCACCUCUUCUGGGUGCUGACUUGGGACGGCGUUUCUUGCCACGCCUCAUUGCAUGUGAUGCUUCGGGUUCUUUCGGUUUUGGGGUGUCUUACAUGAAGUGUAGCUCCAGCUUGGUCAAAGAGGUCAGCCAAUUCUCAGAAAGGCGAGGUGACUUUGUGCGAUUCUUCCCUGAGGAAGGAUUGGAGUUCCACAUGUUCUUCCUUUCCAUCAAUGGCAAUUUCGCACCGCUAUCAGUGCUAGAGCCCAGUGGAAAGCGCACUCUGGGGUGCUGGAAGCUCACGCGCUCCAUUUAG